GCUAAGUGUUUGCUCUUGCAGAUAGCCUCAACGAUGACGAUGAUCCCGGCACUGGUUCCUCGAAACUCGAAUUGGUCGAAUUUCUGACGUUUUUUUUUUCGCGGAUAAUUCGGGAGAGUCAUUGAGGUCACUAAUAGACCAGUAUUCGAAUGGGUUGUGGUUGCAUCGUUGUCGUCUGAAGAACAUCGACGAGGAGUGUUGAUUUCGUGUCACAUGUAAAUACUUAUCGUGCGUCUCUAUUCGUUUAUGUGUCCUCUGUUUGUUUCCUUCUUGAUAACGAACCGUUAAGUAGUUCGCUUUUUACCUUCGGAGCAGCUGAAAGAUCGCUUGAUAGUGAUGCUAUGGCUAGAGCGUGUGCAGCUGCAGGAGUCGUUUGAUCGUUCAUUCUUCGUCGACCUCAUAUUUCUUCUCGUUUUCCGUAGUUUUCUAUGAAAGGCUUACAACAGCACAAUUAGAAGAACAAAGUCAAACUCAAAGAAGGUAUUGCGAACGUUUCAGUCGAGAGGCCGUCGUUUCUGGUUUCAUUUUCUGAAGUGGGAAUUCGACUUUCUUUCCAUUCUUUACCGACGUCGACGCGUAGGCCCCUAGUGCGCGUCCGGAGGAAAUCAGCGAGGUUAAAUUGGAUAAAGUUUCCCGCCAAGACGUCGCCAUGGCUGGCGCGUUGCAGCACGUGAAGUCGCACGCGAGUCUGUUGGUCUGCUGUACCCACCUCUCGGCUAUCUUGUCGUUUUUCCUGUGCUUCUACUUUUCCGUCGUCGACAUGGAAAACUGCCCGGCUACCGCCAGCAAAAGGAUACCCGAACUCCCGCGAAGAGGUAAGUCCUGUCUGUACACACAUUUUGCCGAAUUUUAAAUCUAAUGUAGUACACGAAGAAAUUGGACGCAUAGAUGCAUAGUGCCUACUUGUUUUCUUUGGCCGGCCUGGUGGACCAGAGUCGAGGCUGUUCAUUUUCAAGCAUGCGCUCAAACAAAAAAUUAAAUACGAACAGUAAUUAGCAGUCCGGUAUUACCAGAGACGAAAGUGCCGCGAGAAAGCUUGCUGACUGCCCCAAGCUACCAAGAUGGUGACAGUGCCCAGCAGCCCAAAUCCGAAUUGGAAGAUGCAUUUUUGAAGACAUAUGCCGCUGCAAAAGGCCAGAUUCAUACACGCUUCCCUCUGGGAUUUUAGAAUGUGUUUAAAAUACCAAUUGGUUUGGGAUCCUGGGAGCCGUCUUUUCACUUUCAUACCUGCAUCAUAUGUAUCUGCAUAGCGGGGUGGUAUGCUGGUCGCGUGUUUGAGUCCUCGACUUUGUGGAUGUUCAUAUGACGGACGAUCGCUGGUGCCUGCGGGUACGCGUAGACGGCCCGGAGAAGACGAAUUUGCGUCGGCGUUCCGCACGCGCGCAGAAGCAAAGGUAACCUGUUCUUCAAAGGAAUUUUCAAUAGCGACAAACAUUUUGAUUUUUCGAGUGCUAUUACUGUGAGUUGUCUCUGCUUUAUGUUUAUGUUUUCAUUUUGAUUUAAACAAGGUACGUAUACAACUCGGAGCGGUACGAGGCUGCGUCAAAAUGCACCAGUACUUCGGUAGCUGCGCAUAGGUCGGCUGUUGGGCGGAGGGGCCCACUGAGUGUCGCGCUCGAUUACUACAUCCCGAGCCUGUCUGUAUCUAUGCUCGUACCACGCCGAAUUCUGGACGACCUGGAAGCUCGCCGAAAUCCGCGGAACACGCAGGAGCAGUUUGCUUCCAUGUUGUUCGCUGGGAAUUUUGGAAGUACCUGCUAGCAGCUCACGCGAGUUAUUCAUGUAUCAGUGAGAGUUACAACGUCUGUCCUUCUCUAGUUCCACGACUUCGAGGUUGCAUUUAUCAAACGUCAAAAAAAGUAGAAAAACUAUAUUUUGUACCAAAUCCAAACACAAACUGUCCUCAAACUAAAUGUAGCAUGAAACCGCAUGAGUUAAAUGAUGUAUCUUGAAUAAAGAUUUUGAUUUCCCCAGUUGUACGUAACCCCAUACAAAAACCGUUGAUUUUGAAAGUUUUGACCCUACGUAGAAGGACUCACGCUUCACACCCCGGUCCUUCUUUUCAGAUGCUCUCACAGCCAUUUUUAGGUAACGAGUUGGAAUACUGUCAACGGCUCGACUUUCGUUCUUCUCUCUCGACUACAAUGAAUGUGUAUUUUGAAAAGUAGCAAAGCGUUUUUUUUCUGACGCGUACGUAAACGUAUCAUGCUGAGUACACACCGACGCACAAGAAAGUGCCCUUGCAAAUUCGAUUAUUCCUUCGGGCUUUCAAUUGGUAUCUUAGUGCUUCAACGAUGAAUCAGCACGAUUCGACGCGCCUAUCAGUCUUGAUCGAACCACAGUCAGAUCGUGGAAAUAUGCGACUAGUUAGUUGAUGGGUAAAGAGUAUUCAGUGCUGGAGUCAUUCAAUAUUUGGCUCUGCUUCUCGUUUCCGAAUUUUAUUUUUAUUCGUGUUAAUACAGUCCCGCAGUCGCAAACAAAAACAUCCCCAUUAUGGUUGUUGUCUGCGUAGUACAAACCGUUUCUAUUGUAUUGACCCUGUGGCAGUCCCUUUCGGUUUCGCUCUCCGUCUCUCCGUAAUAGAAACUGUGUGCUUGUAUGAAAAUCAUAUUUGAAAGUUGCGCGGAAAGUGAUACUUCUCUCUCAUCCUUCUGCUGUAACUUGUUUCAGUAAAAAUUUACGAGCGGCAGCCCCCUUGUCGUCAAGUAGUCUUAUCUACACUUUCUGUACCUGUACCUCCGCCUCUCAUUUUUCCUUCUAAUGUAAAAAAUGACGUCCCGUGUAGUCCUAGUUUCAUCUUGAUGCGCUAGCCAUGCAAACGCUGACAUCCUAUGCAAUUUGUUAGAGAAACAGAAUGGGUAUGGUUAUGGAGUAAAUUAUGGGCUACAAAAUCCGUAGUUCCUUCGUGGAUCUACUCAU